CUAUCGGUGCAAUUACGACCAUGUCAGAUACGCAGUUUACUCCAGAGCAUCUCAAGGAGAUCUAUGAUUUCGCGGUGCAGUUGGCGAAAGAUGCGGGCAAGAUGUUGAUGGACGGCGUGGAGGCACGAUGCGGCGAUGACACAACUCCGGGUGCAGUAGCACAGGUGCAAGUUGAGAAGGAUAGUUCUGUGGAUAUUGUCACUCAGACUGAUGAAGAUGUCGAAGCAUUCGUCAAGGAACAGAUCACAAAAACAUAUCCCAGCCAUAAAUUCAUCGGCGAGGAAACAUACUCCAAAGGCUCGUCAAAAGACUAUCUCAUCACCUCCGCUCCGACCUGGUGCGUGGACCCUCUCGACGGCACAGUAAACUACACCCACCUCUUCCCCAUGUUCUGCGUCUCCAUCGCCUUCAUCCUCGACAACAAACCGACCAUUGGCGUCAUCUACGCUCCUUUCCUCAAUCAAAUCUUCUCCGCCUGCAAAGGUCAAGGUGCUUUCCUCAAUGAGACUAGACGUUUGCCAUUGAUCAGGAAUCCGGUGCCGCCGAUGCCGGAGCAAGCGCCUAAGGGAUGUGUGUUUUCAUGUGAGUGGGGCAAGGAUAGAAGGGAUGUGGCGGAUGGAAAUCUGUAUAGGAAGAUUGAGAGCUUUUUGAACAUGGCUGGAGAAAUCGGAGGAAGGGGAGGUAAAGGUGGUAUGGUGCAUGGUGUGAGGAGUCUUGGAAGUGCAACACUAGAUUUGGCAUAUGUGGCCAUGGGCUCUUUCGACAUCUGGUGGGAAGGCGGAUGCUGGGAGUGGGAUGUAGCGGCUGGAAUCUGUCUGUUGGAGGAGGCAGGAGGUCUGGUCACAACAGCCAACCCACCGCAAGAUAUCGAGACUGCGCAGAUAGAAGAUGUGAGGCUAGGAAGCAGACUUUACCUUGCCAUCCGCCCUGCUGGACCCUCGGCAACAGAGACAGGAAGACAGAGUCAAGAAAGAGUAGUGAGAGAGGUUUGGAAGAGAGUCAGACAUCUGGAGUACUCAAGACCGGGCGCAUAG